GAGCGGGGCGCGGGCAGUCCCGGGCUGGCUCGGUCCGCCCGGCGAUCGCGCGGAUAUGGCGGCGCUGGCGACCGUGGCCAAGAAGGUGUGGAGCGCGCGGCGGCUGCUGGUGCUGCUCUUGGCGCCGCUCGCGCUGCUGCCGGUGGUCUUCGCCCUCCCGCCCAAGGAAGGCCGCUGCCUGUUUGUCAUCCUGCUCAUGGCGGUGUACUGGUGCACGGAGGCCCUGCCCCUCUCGGUGACAGCCCUGUUGCCCAUCAUCCUCUUCCCCUUCUUGGGCAUCCUGCCCUCCAACAAGGUCUGCCCCCAGUACUUCCUGGACACCAACUUCCUCUUCCUCAGCGGUCUGAUCAUGGCCAGCGCCAUUGAGGAGUGGAACCUGCACCGGAGAAUCGCCCUCAAGGUCCUGAUGCUCGUUGGGGUCCAGCCAACCAGGCUCAUCCUGGGGAUGAUGGUGACCACCUCCUUCCUGUCCAUGUGGCUAAGCAACACCGCCUCCACUGCCAUGAUGCUGCCCAUCGCCAGCGCCGUCCUGAAAAGUCUCUUUGGCCAGGAGACUCGGAAGGACCUCGGCCAGCAGAGCGAAGAGAACGCAGCUGCUGUGCGGAGAAACGGGCUGCACGCGGUGCCCACGGAGGUGCAGUUUCUUGCUGGCACGGAAGACAAAGACUGCCCUGAGGCGGAGGCUCCCUUGGACUGCAAGAAGGAGGGGGAAUACCACAGGAACAUCUGGAAGGGUUUCCUUAUCUCCAUUCCCUACUCAGCCAGCAUUGGGGGCACUGCCACCCUCACGGGCACGGCCCCCAACCUCAUCCUGCUUGGCCAGCUCAAAAGUUUCUUCCCACAGUGCGAUGUGGUGAAUUUUGGCUCCUGGUUCAUUUUUGCCUUCCCUCUCAUGCUGCUGUUCCUGCUGGCGGGCUGGCUGUGGAUCUCCUUCCUGUAUGGGGGAAUGACCCUGAGGGGCUGGAGGAGGAAGAAGAAAUCCGAGAUCAAGACGGAUGCAGAAGAUAGAGCUCGAGCAGUGAUUCGGGAAGAAUUCCAGAACCUGGGGCCCAUCAAGUUUGCCGAGCAGGCCGUGUUCACCCUCUUCUGCAUGUUCGCCAUCCUCCUCUUCUCCCGGGAUCCGAAGUUCAUCCCUGGCUGGGCCAGCUUCUUCACCCCUGGGUUUCUUUCCGAUGCUGUCACUGGAGUGGCCAUUGUCACCGUCUUGUUCUUCUUCCCGUCCCAAAGGCCCUCUCUCAAGUGGUGGUUUGACUUUAAAGCUUCUAACGCGGAGACAGAGCCCUUGCUGACGUGGAAGAAGGUCCAGGACACGGUGCCCUGGAACAUCAUCCUUCUCCUGGGAGGGGGCUUCGCCAUGGCCAAAGGCUGCGAGGAGUCGGGGCUAUCGGCGUGGAUCGGUGGGCAGCUGCACCCCCUGGAGAACGUGCCGCCCCCGCUGGCCGUGCUGCUCAUCACUGUUGUCGUCGCCUUCUUCACCGAGUUUGCCAGCAACACGGCCACUAUCAUCAUCUUCCUGCCCGUCCUGGCGGAGCUGGCCAUCCGCCUGAGGGUGCACCCCCUCUACUUGAUGGUCCCCGGCACAGUCAGCUGCUCCUAUGCCUUCAUGCUCCCAGUCUCGACGCCCCCCAACUCGAUUGCCUUCGCCUCUGGACACUUGCUGGUCAAAGACAUGGUGCGGACAGGCCUCCUGAUGAACCUGAUGGGCGUCCUGCUGCUCAGCUUGGCCAUGAAUACUUGGGCACAGACCAUCUUCCAACUGGGCACCUUUCCGGAUUGGGCCGACAUCCACUCAGUCAACAUCACAUCACUGCCGUCCGCCUUGCCCAACGACACAUUUCGGACCCUUUGAGCCCCGCUCCGGGACUCUCUUUGGGCUGGGCCCUCCCAGAAGGCUUUUGCCAUCACCCGCUGCUAGGAAACAAGCUCUCUGAGCUGUUCUGUGGCUAGGAUGCAAAGGAGCCUUAUUUCAGCAAUCUGGAAUGGUGUUUGUCUUAAACAGUUGGAAACGGGGGCCACCGAAUCGCAUGGGCACAACUGACAUCCCCCACUGCCUGCUUUAGGUUUCACUCUGGAGAGAUCAUCUCGCCUUUAGAGCUCGCCUGCCUCACAGAGGCUUUUGGGGCUGCGCUGUGCCAGUCCUUCACAGGUGGUGUGUGUUCUGCUCGGCUGGUGCCCCUCCCGUGCCCGUCGUUUGAAUUUUACCAAUCCCCGGCAGCUAGGGUUAUUGCCGAUCCCUGGAGACGGGGGGAGGGACAGAUGACUUCCUGAGGAGGUGGAGGCUGUGCAAAGCCUCCCUGCUGCUCCUCUGUGCGCCUGAGCACGCCAGGAGCGUUCUAGAAAUCCCAGCUGAUGCCUCUACCCACCCUGUUUAGGAUUUUCCUGUUUAAUCGAGUCAGUUUGACCGUAAUUCUGGGGUCAGGCCAAGCCUGGGCCCUAAUGUCUCACGAGUGGCCCAAGGUUCUUCCAGCAAGGACUCCUGUCCUUUGAGGGCCUUUGAGGCCAUCAGCCCUUCCUCGUUCCAGCAGCUGGUCUUUACCUCCCCACCCACACCCCAGGGGGUAAGCAUGUUUAAUGAGCCAAGGCCACGUAUUUCAGAGAUGAGAAAAAAAAAAAAAAAGUCAGAAGAUAGAUUGGAGCCUCGUAAGAGGCCAGGGUGAAAUUUCUCAGGCAGGCAAAAUAUCGUAACCCUCUUCUCCAGACGGGGUCAAGGGAGACUCCCCUGAGCCAGUGGCUGGUGGGAGCUGUCCUCCCUGUUUCCAGCAGAAACGUCUGGGCAUCCCCUUAGGUCCCAUGGGUGUUCAGAAAGUGGAAAGAGCGGCCCAGCGUUAGCCUGGCUCCAGCAAAGGUGCCAGGAAGGGGUCCAGAAGCAUUAUGUCUCCCCUUCCUACGCAUCUGAGGGUUGAGGUUCUCUGGGCAGCGUGGGCUGGGACUCAGUACGGUACGAGUGAGUCACAGAGGUUUCCCUGGGAGCAGGAGGGAGAGAGGAGAGGCCUCCAAGUUGGAGAAUGCGGUCCAUCUCUUCCCACGUGAGCACUUUAGUAUUUAGCCACGGUUACAGCCCAUGGGGGUCGGAGGCUGCUCUCCUGACGGGAGAAACCCAUGGGACCUGUAACCUGAUGAAUUGUGAUUUCGAAUCCUGAUUGAUUGAAAACGCUAUAAAAUAAAGAAUGUGAAUCAACAGUG